GAGUUAUUUUCGUGGUACACAAUUUGUGGAGAGCGGGGAAAGGGACAGCAGACGUCUGACUUCGGAGAUGCUUCUUAGACAUUUAAGUGCACUUUUAUUGAAACGGUAGUAGUGCUCAAUUCGUGCAUAUCGACUCAUUAACCGGGUAAGUUCACAAUGGCUUCCGCAGCCACUGAUGUCCCGGCCGCCGCGGACUUCUUGGAGGAGACGAGGCUGCAGUUGUGUGAUGAGUUUGCGUCCAUCACCGGGACAGACGGCGCGGUGGCGCAGUGCUAUCUGGCUGAAAAUGAUUGGGACAUGGAGAGAUCCGUGAACUCGUACUUCGAGGCAGACAUGGAGUCAGCAUUCGAUGUACAGUUUGUCGAAGAGACGAGAAAAGAGAACGCCAGCACCGAAGCAAAAAGAAAAACUUCAGUGGAUUCAGAGAAUAACCCAGAAACCAGCAAAAAGCGGUUAAAAACAGAAAACACUGAUUGUAUAGACUUGACCAGUGAGGAGCCCAGCAGCUCCGGAGGCGCAGUGCCAGCAUCAGCAGAGAGUAAAACACACACUCAGCCAGCAGAGGAGCCGGAGGCAGACGGCAAGCUGUCUCUGCUCACGUGGAACGUGGACGGCCUGGACACUCUGAACCUGGGGGAACGCGCCAGAGGCCUCUGCUCUUACCUGGCACUGUACACGCCAGACGUGGUGUUUCUUCAGGAGUUGGUUCCAAUGUACAUCCAGUACAUCAAGAAGAGAGCCGUCAGCUACACCAUCAUCGAGGGUGGAGAAGAAGGCUACUUCACAGGUGUGAUGCUAAAGAAGUCCCGAGUGAAGUUCCUGAAGAGUGAGGUCAUCCCCUACCCCAUGACCCAGAUGAUGCGGAACCUGUUGGUGGUGCAGGUCAACUUCCAGGGCCAGGAUCUCUGUCUGAUGACGUCACACUUUGAGAGCUGCAAGAACCAAUCGGUGGAGCGCAUGAACCAGCUGAAGCUGAUGUUCCAGAAGAUGAGGAAUGUUCCGGAAAAGACCACCGUUAUCUUCGGCGGCGACACCAACCUCAGGGACGCUGAGGUGGCCAAGGUGGGCGGUCUCCCCGUGGGUGUGUGUGAUGUGUGGGAGAGCUUGGGCAAGGAGGAGCACUGUCGCUACACGUGGGACACCAAGGCCAACAGCAACAAGAGCGUCCCCUACGUCAGCCGCUGUCGCUUCGACCGCGUCUACCUGCGGCCUGCCCGCCUGGGCCCCAAGAUGGCCGCCGAGCGCAUGCUCCUGGUGGGGCAGGAGAAGCUGGACUGCGGACGCUACGCCAGCGACCACUGGGGCAUCUACUGCACCUUCCACUCCUGAGCAGCGACCACUGGGGCAUCUACUGCACCUUCCACUCCGGAGACGGCACUUUACCGUGUGUGUGUGUGUGUGUGUGUGUGUGUGGACUUAUGUACUUAUCAAUCAAGACACCAUCCGCUCCAUGUCUGCCAGAAGAAGUGCCUAAAAGAACACACACACACACACACACACACACACACACACACACACACUUGCUACUCUGCUUCUGGGGCUCAGGCUGUGGACGGUGAGCGAAGCCUCUAGCACUGGAAAGAAGACGGCUUUGUGGAAACUACCCUCGGCGCAAUCUCAGUUCUUUUUAAAGCCUUACUGGUUGAGUGUGUUUUAGGAGAUGUGACUGAAUUCUUGUUUUAGGUAUAGAAAUAAAUAAUUACAUUUAAUCUGUCAAAAUAAAGACUGCCCAAGCUUUCCAAAUGAA